UCCAACCCAAUCACUCUCUCGCGGGCUCAGCAAAGGCAUUUCACUACGUCUGGACGUCACACGAACAAUGGGGAUGAGAUGAGAUGCGAUGGACACGAGGACAUCGUUACGCAAUGCAGCGACGGCCUGGAAGUUGGAUUGAUGAUAAAAACGAAGGACAAUACAGCGGGCAACGUGUGCAUAGCCAACACGUGUAGCCGUAAAAUCCAAACAAUAUCAUCGGAUCGCAAACGCUGGCCCCAUCACGAAACGUAUAUCUCGACGACUUCCUUGGAAAAUUUCCCUUAGAACCCAAGCCAUCUUCCCCUCCUCCUUCCCUCUCUCUCCUCUCCCAAGUAGAGUCUGCAAUGGUUAAUGAUCAUCAUGGUGUUUCUCGCGUCGUGCACCACAAGGACUACUACCUUCGUGGUGGUGACAUGACCGUCUUGGUCGAGAAUCAUUUGUAUCGUAUCCACAGUUAUUUCUUCGACCGCGAGUCGCUCUUCUUCCGUCAGAAGCUAUUGGCGGGGCCAUCAGAGGACGGCGACGACCGUGGCUCUAGCGACAAUAACGCCUACACCCUCGACGACGUCAAAAGUGAAGAUUUUGCACGAUUCUUAUGGGUCUUUUACAAUCCGCUUCCUUUGGACGUUUGGCUCAGCAUCCUCCGUCUUGCAACGAGGUGGGGUUUUAACAACGUCAAGGAACUCACCGUUCGCGAGCUCGAGAAGCUCGAAAUUGAGUGUGUCGACAAAAUCUCCAUCUAUCACGAGCACAAUAUAAGCAAACUCUACCUCAUUCCUUCCUAUGUCGCCAUCCUUGGUAUGGAGACCGUCCUCCGUACCGCUGACGCCCGUGAACGGGCAAGACAGCGAGCAUCGGAGAGCGGUGUCCGCACCCCCUCGUUCGAUGACUUUGAGGAUUCGGAGGUUGAAAUCAUAGUUCGUGAAGUCUUUGGUUUGGGCUCUCGUCCCACUUCCCCUACCCCCGCCGUCGCUUCUCCUAUUCCCAACGGGUCCCGCAAUGGUGUGUCGGCAGAUACCGCGGCUAAGACAUCAGUUGACAAUAUGCGCACAUUCACUACUGCCAUGGGGUCUCAGGUGCCAACGGCGCAGUCAACGGCAACGAUUCCUCCAAGCACGACUCCGGCGCCCCCGCCUCAAACAGCAACAGCAAUGCCAACAACAUCCGCAACCAAACCGGGGGCAUCCACAACUUCGACAGAGAAAUUAGUCCCGCCUCUACCGCCACAGGUCGCGGCGGACACCAAGGACAAAGAGGUGCUGUCGGCCGGCAAUAAGUCGCACGUGCCGGAGACUCCGAAAUCUGCCAACAACCCCCAGGCCAAAUCUGCUGGAACGGGUUGGGGUGCAGGGCGAGGCUGGUUUUGAUAUGACUUCCAGUACCGACAAAGCUACCGUUGUAACAGCAUGCGAACAGAAUGUGGAUGUAACUGUAACUGAGGGGGACAGUCGUGACACAGAGACAAAGGCUGACGCUGCAAAGGAAGCCAAAAAUGAGACGCCUACUCCUACUAAGACAUCCGAGAAGCCUGAAGAUAACCAAUCAUCCAAGGGCAACGAGGAUGAGAAAACCAAGCCAUCAAAAGGCGAUGACGAUCACGGCAAGGACGCGGAACAAGAGAAGCAAACUAAUGACGGCGAAGACCAGACUAAAAAUGCGGAUAAGGAAGAAUCUACUAAAGAUGGCGACGAUCAAUCUAAGGAUGCUGACUUGCUUGGUGUAUUCUCCGAUAGCGAGAGUAAAGGUGGAAAGGGUACCGGUG